CAAUCUUGAUUAGGUUUAGGUUAUUGUCAGAUCAGAUUGUCACUUUGUUGUAGACGUUGUCUUGUCAACAUCAAAUCAAAUAAGCUAAUUACUCAGUAUUUAUUUCGUGACCAUGACUGCAAGAUCGAGUUUUAAGUUGGAACAGUUACUUAAUUGAGUUUUUUCUAAGGCUUUUGGUUUUAAAGGACAGGUUAGGGCCUACCCUUGUUUUAAAAACACCUAUGUUAUUUAGUAGUUUUAUAUUUUAACUGAAUGUUUAUGUCUUAGUUACGAAGUACAUUAGCUUAAAUCAUUACUUUUCAGUUCUUCCUCAGGAAUCUUGAAUAGACCUUAAAGGAUCUAUUCUAUAAUUUGUUGAUAUAAGUGUAAUGGUACAUCUCAACGAAAACGGAUUGACAAUGGAGAGACCAAUGUUUCCACCAGGCACUGCCACACUUCUUGAUGAGUUAGACAAAAAGCUUAUGGUGCUCCUAAGAGAUGGAAGGACAUUAAUUGGUUAUCUACGCAGUGUUGAUCAAUUUGCGAACUUGGUACUUCACAGAACCAUUGAAAGGAUCCAUGUCGGUAAAGAAUAUGGAGAUAUACCAAGAGGAGUUUUUAUAAUUAGAGGGGAAAAUGUUGUUCUUCUUGGUGAAAUUGACAGUGAGAAGGAGGCCAAUUUGCCUCUCGUAGAAGUUUCUGUUGAUGACAUUCUAGAUGCCCAGCGGCGAGAGCAAGAAGCCAAACAAGAGCACGACAAGUUAUUGGCUAAGUCUCUGAAAGAACGAGGACUUAGAUUAAUACCUGAUCUAAGCCAUGAUGACAUGUUUUAGUAUAUUUUGUUUAUAACAUUUCGUAAGCAAUGUGUACUCUUCUUUUAAACUACUGUAAUUUCAUUCUAGUGCAUCCCACAAUGGUAAUUUUAUUUUUAUUUUUAUUGUAUGGUUGAUUGUAUGGUUGGUAAUUAUAUAGUCAU